UCCUCAUUAGCUUAAGCAUCAUCAUUCUCCUUCACCUAACACAAGUCCCUCCUCUUAAAAUAUUCCCAUGGAAACUUGUUCUCCCACUUCUCUCUAAAACUCGCUUAUCCUCUUUUAUCUUCUCAACUCAUCCAGCUCCACUGAGUCGUUUUUAUCUUAACCUCAACCUUGUUUCCAUGGCUAACAACAACAACAACCCACAUGAUAACAUCUCCGAUCCAUCUGUUACCGACGAUUUCUUCGAGCAGAUCCUCGGGAUUUCCAACUUCUCUGCUUCUUCUGGUUCUGGUCUUUCUGGAAUUGGCGGGGGAUUAAGCGGCGUGGGUCCUCCUCCGAUGAUGCUUCAGCUCGGUUCAGGCGAUGAAGGGAAUCAUAAUCACAUGGGUGCCAUUGGAGGACCUGGGCCUGUAGGGUUUCAUAAUCACAUGUUUCCGUUGGGAUUAAGCCUCGAUCAAGGGAAAGGCCAUGGCUUUCUUAAACCUGAAGGUGUUCAUCCUAGUGGGAAACGUUUCCAAGACGAUGUUAUUGAUAAUCGAUGUUCCUCUAUGAAACCUGUUUACCAUGGGCAGCCAAUGACACAGCCAGCUCCACCAAUGCCGCAUCAACAAUCCACAAUUCGACCAAGAGUUAGAGCUAGGCGAGGUCAGGCCACCGAUCCACAUAGCAUCGCUGAGCGGCUGCGUAGGGAAAGAAUAGCAGAACGGAUCAGAGCAUUGCAGGAACUUGUACCUACUGUUAACAAGACAGAUAGAGCUGCUAUGAUCGAUGAGAUUGUCGAUUAUGUAAAGUUUCUCAGGCUCCAAGUUAAGGUCUUGAGCAUGAGCCGUCUUGGUGGAGCCGGUGCUGUCGCACCACUAGUCACUGAAAUGCCAUUGUCAUCAUCAAUUGAGGAUGAGACGCAGGCCGUGUGGGAGAAAUGGUCAAACGAUGGGACAGAGCGGCAAGUGGCUAAGCUGAUGGAAGAAAACGUUGGAGCAGCGAUGCAGCUUUUGCAAUCAAAGGCUCUUUGCAUAAUGCCAAUCUCAUUGGCAAUGGCGAUUUACCAUUCUCAGCCACCAGACACUUCUUCAGUUGUCAAACCAGAGAUGAAUCCUCCACCGUAGAUUUUGUUUAUGGACAGCAUCCAACGUUGCUCAGCUGAAGAUUGACAAUUUGCUCGUUUUCCCACUACUAGACGUUUGUGACUGAUGAAAGGUAAGUAAAAAGACAUUGGAGGUGGAAUCUAAGUAGGAUUUGUGCAGUAAGAAGUAAAGAUGGGAUUUGUCGAAAGAAGAAAAAGGCUCUCUCACUUGCUUGCUUGGCUAAUAUUUUAUCAUUUUGAUGAAAGUAACUCUUUUUGUUUAAAGACUUUAGUGUGUGUGUCUGAGGAGGAAAGGCUUUGAGAGUAGUACUAGUAACUAGCUGUAGUAGUAGUAGUGAAAUGUGUGGGAUCGCGAUCGCGUUGUAUUAUGUAAAAAAAGGAAUAUACAAAAUGUUAGUAGUAUAAUAGUAUUGUGCUUUUUGAUCUU